ACUAUGAUUAUUUAAUUGUUCAAGUUAGUGCACCGCAAUCGCAACACUUUUUUUCUUCUCUCUUUUUCUAAAUGAUUUUAUGAUUCAUUUGUAUCCCUUCAUUUUUACCGUAGAUAUCUUGCUCAUUUUUACAAUGGAAGCGGUAGGAACCGCUUUUCUAUCUGCGUCCUUGGAGUGAUUAAUGGACAAGUUGGGUUCCAAGUCCAGUGAGUUGUGGAAUCCACAGAAGCAGGUUCGUGAUGACUUGCAAAGCUGGAAGAGUCUUUUGCCCAAAAAAUGGGUUGUGCUUGAUGGUGCGGAGAAGGGGCAAACAGCCAAUCCUGCUGUGAAAAUGUGGCUUUCUGACCUCGAAGAUUUUGCUGAUGAUAUGGAGGAUGUCCUUGAUGGACUAGAGGCUGAUGAACGAAGGAAGAAAUUGACUGCCAAAACUGAUCAACCCAGCACAAUUAAGGCACGAAAGUUGAUCCCCACGUGCUGCACUGGUUUUAAUCUCGAUGAUUUCAUCCCUGGCUGUGAGGCUGUUUCCAAGAUAAAGGAGAUUUCUGGCAGGUUGGAACAUGCUGUGAGAGAGAAGGAAUUACUGGGCUUGAAAGUUGGAGAGGACGGACCUAGCGUAACAGCUCCACGAUGGGAGCCGACUACUACUUGGUUGCCUGAACCUCAUGUUUAUGGCCGGGAAGGCGAUAAAGAUGCUAUCCUUCAAAAGAUGUUGAAUGAUGAAGGCAGUGAUGAAAACCCUUGUGUGAUGGCCAUUGUUGGCAUGGGUGGACUAGGGAAGACCACUCUUGCUCGGUUUGUUUACAAUGAUGCCAGACUGAAUGGUGUGUUUGAACUUAAAGCUUGGAUUUGUGUAUCUGAUGAAUUUGAUAUUCCUCGAAUAACAAGAUCUAUUCUUGAACAAAUAACUCAGAGAAAGUGUGACUUCGAAGAUCCUUGUGUACUUCAACGGCAGGUGAACAAUACGUUAUCUGGAAAGAAGUUUCUACUUGUAUUUGAUGAUGUUUGGAGUCAGGACUACAAUUGUUGGGAUGCAUUGCAAAGACUUUUUAUAUCAGGAGCAAUCGGCAGUAAAAUAAUUGUUACAUCACGCAUUGAGGGUGUUGCAAAGACAAUGGGAGCAAGUGAUAGGAUUUAUUAUCUUAAAGAGCUUCCCGAGUACCAAUGGUUACCGUUAGCCGUAAAAACCCUUGGAGGACUCCUUCGUGGUGAGCUAAAUCCUGACAAGUGGGUCAAGGUAUUAAAGAGCAAGAUAUCGGAAUUACCAGAAGGAAGAACUCGCAUUCUUCCAGCUUUGAGAUUGACUUAUCAUCAUCUUCCUGACCAUCUAAAAAGGUGUUUUGCUUAUUGUGCUAUGUUCCCAAAAGAUCAUGAAUUUGACAAGGAUGAUUUAGUUUUAUUAUGGAUGGCUGAGGGAUUUGUAAAACAGCAGCAGAAUGGAGCGAGGCAAAUGAAAGACAUAGGAGAUCAAUACUUUUGCGAUUUAAUUUCAAGAGGGCUUUUCCAACAAUCAAGCAAUAAUCAAUCACACUUUGUGAUGCAUGACCUUGUGCAUGAUUUAGCGCAGGGUACGUCUAGCUUACAAAAGAUGCCAUCCCAAAUGAGCAAUUUGAAAAAUCUUUUGAUGUUGCCUAAAUUUAUUGUGGGAGAAUCAUGUGGGCUGAGAUUAAAAGAGUUGAGCAACUUGAAGGAUCUACGAGGUGAGCUACUUAUCAAAGACCUCCAUAAUGUCUCCGAUAUUCAAGAUGCCAGUAAGGCCAACCUAUUUAAGAUCGAGGGCCUUGAAGAGCUAACAUUGGCAUGGACUAAUGACUACCAGACUUCACGAGAUGAAAGUAAUGAAUUGCAGAUAGGCGAUCCAUCAUUUUCUAAAUUAGAGUACUUGGAACUCAAUGAUUGUAAGAGAAGCUCUUUAUUGCCAAGGCGUGGACAAUUACCACAACUCAUGCGGCUUGAGAUCAAAGGAUGCCCUCAAUUAACUUGUUUACCAAUGAGUCUUCCAUCACUUCAGGAACUAAUUUUAGAGCUUACUUGCUUGCCUAGGAGCAUCACUCAAAACAUGACCGCACUUGAGACUCUGGAAAUUGAUGAAUGCGGUGAACUUAUUUUCUUAUUGGAGGAUGGAGGCAGUUUGUCAAGCUUUUCUAGUCUUAAGGGGAUGCGUAUUUAUGACUGUCCUCUCCUAGAAUCGUUAACAAACCUUCUACCUCUUACUCUUGAAACUUUGACCAUCGUUAAUUGUGACAACCUUGAACUCCUACCAAAUGGACAGCAUAGCCUCGCCUCUUUAGAAGGAUUGGAUAUCGGAAUAUGCAAAAAGUUCGUGGGCUUUCUGGUGACUGACUUUCCAUUAUAUCUCCAAAACCUUGACUUAAUUGAUUUGGAGGCUUUGGAGUCAUUACCUGAUGAGUUGAUGAUGACAACAGAAGGAUUAUCUAUUUAUAAAUGUCCAAGCCUCAAAUCUUUUUCGACAGGUGAGUUACUUGGCAGACUUGAAGAGUCCACAGUUGAGAAUUCUGAAAAAUCUGAGUUCCUACGGGAGGAUGAUGAUAGCAGCAUUGUCACAGUGAAUCUUGGAAGAACGAGUGUUUCUGAUAUGGGAAAACUCUAUAGGGGGGGUUUACUGCCGAAUCUUAGAAGGCUUGUGAUCGAUUGUGAGGGCUUAAAGCUGUCAAUGUUAGAAUGGGGGCUUGACAGGCUUACGUCUCUUGGGAAAUUUGAGAUUCAUUGGAUAUGUCCUCCGGAUGAUUUGCUUCCUACUUCCCUAAAAACUCUUACAAUAAAAAGAGUGGGUAAUCUGGAAUCCAUAUCUAAAGGGCUCCUCCAAAUCCUUGCUUCUCUUCGAGAGUUGACAUUUAAUGAUUGCCCGAAUCUCCAGACCUUGCCAACGGAAGGUCUGCCUCCCUUGUUGGAAGUGUUCGAAAUCAAAGGCUGUCCACUUCUAGAACAACGGUGCUUGGAGGAAGAAGGAGACUAUUGACCUCUUAUAUGCAACAUUCGGCUAAUAAUUAUAGGACUCCGAUACAAGAAUAUCCUACCACAUCCUCAGCAUGUUCUUCAUUUUAAUUUGAAUAUAGAAAUUUUUUACUACUAUUCCCUUGUUUAGCAAAUUAAUAUAUCGUUGUUAAUUUAAGAUAAAGCAAGAGGCUUUGUUGCUUCUCUUUUAUCUUGGAAUAGCCUUAAUUUUCUAAUCAAUUCUUUCAUUUGUUCUUUGAGUUCUAAGGUGUAUACUUGAUCUCACCUUCAGUGCAUUUUUCUUUAUGAAUUUUGUAACAUGCUGAUACUAUGUUUUUCAAGUUUAUUGAGGUGAAAUGUGCACAAUCACGCACUGGUUUCCAUUUUUUGUGCAUCAUAUCAGUUUACCUUUUAGUAAUCAAAAUUAGUUACAUUGAAGAUUCACUUGUAGAUUUCAUAUUUAGAUAGUGAAGCAAUCACUUUUUGCUCUACUACAUGGAAUCUUCUAUAUUUGAACUUGAACUCAUAAAAAGGCAUGGAAGCUAAUGAUUUGGCUUUGGCUUGUGUUUAUUUGUUUUCUCUGCUUUCCAUGAUCUGUAGACGUUGGUGGAGGGAAGAGCAAUAUCUGAAGUUGUGAACAUUGGUGGAAUCAGUGAAUUUGAGCAAAUUUUGGGGCUGAAUCUAAUGUGGAAUUGGACAUUGAUACUGCAAAUGCUGGCAUCAAACAGAAUGUAGAAAAUGCAUAAUAGAGAGGAGUUGCAGUC